AUGCCCCGUAGGGUUCACUAUACGGAUACGUCUGGUGGAUCGGCCGGGGACCCGGGACGUGGGGCACCGUCCGCAUGGAGUCCAGCUUACGCAGUCGCUGUCCCGUGUGCCCCGCAAAAGAUUACUGGGAUUUCAAACAGACUAGACGAUGCUCAGUGGGACCAAGAGGAAACUCAAGUCCUCCCUGAGGAGGACAGGCCUAAACUAUGA